AUGGUGUUCGGCAGUGGUCCACUCGCCCUGUGGGGCCCAAUCCUUAUCCUGCUGAGCGGGGCUUCCUACCUGCCCCAGCUGCACCGCAUUUGGGUGCACGGGAACUGCCAGGGCAUAUCGCUCGGCUACCUGCUGCUCAACCUCAUCAGCGCUCCCGAACAUUUCACGACCGGAUUCUUCAUCCUAGUGAACCACAAAGGCGGAACAGAUCUCUUCGUCGAAACCCCCUUGACGACCGGCGACUGGCUGAACCUAGCCCAGCUUACCCUGAAUAGCUUUAUCAUCUGUCUCUGGUUUCCAUCCGAUAACCGUACCGGGCACAAACUUGGGCUGCUGACGGUUUACAUCCUCUUCACCCUCAUCUCCAUCAUACCAUUCUUCAUUGACGCCAUCGAUCAUGACUUCUUUGGUCCCCGCGGCAGCUCAGACCGCAAUUGGGCUGAAGCCUUCUUCAGUGGCUGGCAUAUGAUGCUCAUGCACCCGAUUGUUACGAUUCUGGCUCUCGUUGCGCUCCCCUGCCAAGCGCGGGCUAUCCGAGCCCUGCCCGUGGGGAAUGUGAAAGCCCUCAGUCUUCUGAGGCUCCUGACCCAGGGCGUCGUAUUUAGCGUGGUGGCGAUCUCGUGGACGAUGCGGGUGAAGUUCAUGGACCUGUCGUUUAGGGAUGUAAUCGCGUAUGGAUGGCUCACGGUCGUGAGCUGGUACCAGAUGGUUGGGUGGGCGGCAGUGAAUAAUGCGGUGUUUGCGCUGGUUCAGAGAUCAUUGUUCUGUUUGGCGAGGAAUUGGGGGGUGGUGAAGAUGGCUGAUAGGGAGAGGGAACCUCUGCUGGGGGCGCUCGACUACGAAUCUGCAAGGCUCUCCAGGCGACAGCGACAGGGAUCGUCAGAGUCCCCCUCCAAUCAGCGGAGGGCAAAGAACCAACAAGGCAGAUAUGUCUCCCCGCCCGAACAGCAACCCGUGUCCGCGGACGUAACAACGACCUCCAACUAUCUGAACAAGGGGUUCAAAGAGCUAUCACCAAAGCUGAGAACCGACGCCGUGGCCCCAGACGCCCCGGUUGCAAGUUUCUCAUCCAAGCUCCUCCGCGCCUGGUCCACAACCCCGACAGAAGAGCACAACUACCCCUUGCCACCGAUUUAUCACGCCACCAAUUCGUUCAGUGUGGUGUUUCGGGACUUCCGGAACACCAGGCAAGGUCGCGGGCAUGCUCGCCAGCUAUUCAAAUAUCCAGAUCGACUCGGUGAAUUGUGA